AUGGCCACACAUGAUGACUUCACCACAGCCAAGUUCCGGAUUCCUGUAGCAAUAUACUGUGGCAGCUACCCCCGAUCCAGUGCCAGCUCUGGGCUCCGCACCUUCCGUGGUCACAAUAGAAACAUCAACUCAAGUCUGCAGGACCAUGGAGGCCAAUGGACAGGAGAGGGUGAGGCCUCCCCCCAGUCCCUGCUGAAAGUCCAGGUGGAGAAGCAGUCACCUGUGUGGGGCAGGAAUGGAGACCUGACCAGCCUCAAGAUCGGUCUUGCCUCAAAGGGUUGGCAAGCCAAGAAUGGCCACACGAAGAAUGUGGAGGCUAUCUCUUCAGGGCCCCACCCUCUCCUGCCCACUAGCGUCCGGGAGAUGGAGGCCAGCAGUGCAGCUUUGGAGACCACCCAGAUCAAGGACAAGCUAAAGAAGAGGAGGCUGUCUGAGGGGUUGUCUGCUUCUCCCCGAGCUUCCUUGGAUCCUGGAGGAGUUACUAGGGGUACUUCCCUGAAGAGUGCCAUUCCCCGCUCCACCUCUCAGAGAAUACUAAUGGCUCCCAGGCCAAUGCCUCCCAUCCAGAGCAUCCCUACCACCCCAGAGAUGAAAGGGUCCUUGGAGAAUGGCCCGGGCCCACAAGGGAGUAGCAAGGGCCAGCCAAGAACAACUCCAGCUGCACAAGAGGUGCAGAUAUCUCUUCAAUACCUGCAUUGCAAGGAUGAGAAGAUGAGGCGAUCUCUGGGAGGCUCCCUGAUCUCUCCCAUCCCAAAGGCCGGGCAGCCAGCAGACACCAAGUCAGUAACAUUGCCAGCUGUUGUUAGCAAUCCCAGUCUCCUGCCUCUAGGCCAAGAUGCCCUCACUGUCCAGGAGGUCCCUGGAAUAAGAUUGGCACAGGAGAACAGUCCCCAGGAGAGGACCCCCAAGUCUACGGAGGCAAGGCCUACAGUCCCUCCUGUCCGAGCCAGGCCAGCUGGUGGCACAAAGUCUGCUGUCCAUUCCUCGCAGACCGCAUCUCCAUUGACAACACCCUCUUCUAGCCAUGCCAACAAAGACGGAUGGACAAGGACCCAGCAAUUGCUGAAAGAAGUAGACCGGCCAGAAAGCAGCCCCAGGAUCCAGGUGACCAUUGCCAAGUCAGCCCAGGAGAAAAUGCGUCUGAAGCAAAUGAAAGAAAUGGAGUUAUUCCAGCGGGGCAGGGAGCGAGAAGAGAGGCAGCGAGAGAGAGACUUUCUGUCCCAGAGUCUGAGCUCCAGGAGCAUGAUAAAGGAAGGGCUCAUUCCCCUCUACAGUGGUGGAUCCCUGUCUGUUUCCACCAAAUUGGGAAGCCCAUUCAGAACCAGCCUUGGCAUUAUCUUGAAGAAACGAGCUAACCGUUCCUCACUGCCUAGUAUCCCUGUAGUCACCCAGGGACCCCGCUUUACCCGCCAUGCCUCAGCCAAUUCUUUGCCUGCAGCAUUCACAGUGGGUUCUCCAGAAUGGGAGGAAGACGAACAGCUAGACAACUACAAAGAGCUGAGGCCCCUCUCAAACCCAGAACUGCUACUGAUAAAUGCCCUCCAAUGGCUUGAGAGCAAUGACUGGAAGAUGAAGGAGAAAGGGCUGGUGAGCAUCAGACGCCUGGCGACCUGUCAUUCCGAGGUCCUUGCAGACAGACUGCACGAUGUUUCCUUGGCAGUGAUGAGGGAGGUUACCAACCUCCGUUCCAAAGUGUCCCGCCUGGCCAUCAGCACAUUGGGAGACCUCUUUCAUACCAUGAAGAAGGACAUGGACCCAGAAGCUGAGGAAGUCGCCCGAUGUUUGCUCCAGAAAAUGGGGGAUACCAAUGAAUUCAUUCAAAGAGCGGCCGACCGGUCCCUGGGAGCCAUGGUAGAAAAUGUGACUCCUUCCAAAUCCCUGGUGGCUCUCACAACCGGGGGUGUACAUCACAGACACCCACUAGUCCGAAAAUGCGCUGCUGAGCACCUAUGCAAUGUCUUGGAGCAGAUCGGGGCUGAGAAGCUACUGUCAGGGACGAGGGACAGUAUUGACACGCUGAUUCGAAUACUGGUAAAGCUUGCCCAGGACUCCAAUAAAGAUACAAGGCUUUAUGGCCGCAAGAUGAUAAACACCUUGAUGUCAAACUCAAGGUUUGAUGCGUUCCUGAAACAGUCCCUCCCGUCUCAUGACCUGUGUAGCGUGAUGGCAACCAUCAAACAAAAGGGAGUGGAAGAAAACGUAGAGCCUUCACCUAUCAAGGGCCGCAAGAUGUUGAAGAAUGUGAUAGCGCCUGAAGAAGUCCGGCCUAGGGAACAAGGGUGCAGCCUCGAGAGCGAGUCGGUGGCAGCCUGUCACACCACCACCACUCGUAAUACAGAUGUGGCCAAGCAGCUGAAGGAGCUGAACUCUCUGCUGCAGUCCAAGGAGUACCGGGCCCGAUUAGAAGGCAUCACAUGCCUCCUCGUCCAUUGCAAGAACAGCCCAAAUUUCAUCACCGCCAACCUAACACAGAUCUUUGAUGCAUUCAUCCCAAGGCUCCAGGAUCCCAACAAGAGAGUGAACCAGUGUGCCCUACAGAUCUUCACGGAAAUGGUCCCUUACCUCAAAGAUAACUUACACCCAGUGCUGGUCUCCGUGGUCACUGCAAUCUCAGAUAACCUCAACUCCAAGAGUUCUACCAUUUACGGAGCUGCUGUGAUGGCUCUGGAUGCCAUGAUUGAGAAUAUAGACAACUUUUCUCUGCUACAAGCAUUCGCGGGUCGGCUUUGUUUCCUGAGUGGCCGAGCAAUGUGUGACAUCACACAGCGUCUAUCAGCGCUCGUGACUUCAGUCUACUCCCGGAAACCUCAGGGUGUGGAACGACACGUCCUCCCUGUUCUCUGGUACUUCUUGAACAACAUGAUCGGGAACGGGGUCCUGCCAGGACGUAGUGGCAACAUUCGCACUGUGGUGUGUCAGCUGACCAAGAGCCUCUAUGAGCAAAUGGGUACCCGACUGUGGAACUGUGCUGCUGGACAGCCAAAGCAAGUCAGCAAGAUGCUCCAGGAAAUCCUGGACUCUGAGUUUCAGUGA